UCUGGUUCCAUUUUUGAGAAGUCGAGAAAUGCGUGCGUCAAGCGGUGCAUUUUAAUUCCGGAAAUUUCAUCUUCCCGCUAGGGCACCUCCUCUUUCCUCUCUGCUCUUCCCGCGCGCAGCUUCUGCCAUCAACGCCACCGAGCAACCAUGGAGGAGGAUACAAAUGCGAAGAAAGAGGAGGAGGAAUUUAACACCGGUCCUCUCUCUGUGUUGAUGAUGAGUGUUAAGAAUAACACGCAGGUUCUAAUUAACUGUCGGAACAACAAGAAGCUUCUCGGCCGUGUUCGUGCUUUUGACAGGCACUGCAAUAUGGUUCUGGAGAAUGUCAGAGAGAUGUGGACAGAGGUCCCAAAGACUGGUAAAGGCAAGAAGAAGGCUCAGCCCGUGAACAAGGAUAGGUUCAUCAGUAAGAUGUUUCUGCGAGGGGACUCGGUGAUCAUCGUCCUUAGAAACCCCAGCUGAACGUAGAAUUUGUUGUGUUUUUUUUCCUCCAGCAGUGUACAUGACAUUUUUCUAGUUCGAAGCUAACAGGAGCCUGAAACUUGCGGGAUGUUAACUAGUCUCAUGAAACAUUUGAGUAUCUGCGACUAUUUUUUAAAACCGUGUACUCUUUAUAUUACAACUUGUGUGCCAACUGCAAAACAAUCUACGUAUUAAUGGAGGCUAUAGUCGGUUUUCAGUACCAA